AUGGACUCGCAGUCCGGGAUGGACACGCCAGGGGACAGGGACGCCCCGUCGGGCAGCUCCACGGAGUCCCCGGAGUGGGACCAGGAGGGGGAGGAUGCGGAGGAGGAGGAGGAGGAGGAGCAGGAGGAGGAGCAGGAGGAGGAGGAGGAGGAGGAGGAAGAGGAGGAGGAGGAGGACCAGGAGGAGGAGGGGCAGUUGGGCGAGAUGGGGGAGGAAGAGGAGGAGGAGAGGGAGGCGGAGCCGACGGCGACCACGGCCACGACGACCACGACGACGCCGAUGCCACUGCCGCCGCAGGUGUCCACGCUGCCCGCCGCGGAGCACAGCUACUACAGCGAAAUGUACAUCAUGCAGGUGCUGGACUACGACGAGGCCGCCAACCGGCCCCCGCCGCGCCUGGUCAGCGUGGGCAGCCCCAGCCUGAGCCCCACGACCCCGCACAGCCUGUCGCAGACCCCGAGCUGGACCCAGUCGAGCUGGGAGUCCGCGGCCACCUCCGAAUCCCAGCGAGAAAAGUGGGUCAUCAAUCCAGAAGAGGCAAAACUCAACAUCUUGUGCCAGCUGGAGUUCCAGGAAGACUUCGCCAGCCUCAUGGAGUCGCCGCUGAGAACCCUGCCCAGCAUCGGUCCCCCGCGUAUCCUGGCCUUCAAGCCUGAGCUGGGCUUCCUGGGCCCCAAAACCAAGGAGAAGGACGAGGAGCUGGAGCUGACGUGUGAGUUUUGUGGGAGAAAUCUGAAAGACCUUUUCACCACAGUGGACACGAACCUUGACACGACCAGCCUGGAACCAGUGAAAAGCAGCGCCUGUUGUGGCUAUUUCCGGAGUCUCCUCGACUACAUCUUCGAAGACCAGAAGACCCCUGAGCUGGAGUUAAUAGCUAUCGGACCCCACGCAGCUCAUGGCACGGAAGCUGAGAGAAUCAAAGCGAAGGAAAAAGCUCUGCAGAGGAAAGUGGAGCAACAAUUUGCCAGGCAAUAUGCGAUGAUAGUAAAAGCUGACCAGCAUACCGCAGCGGACGAAGACACCAGACAUGCUAAAAUUUCUUACCAGCUUUCUAUGGAUAGUCAAGUGAAAGAGAAAGAAGUGGAAAGUCUAUGCGAUAAACUACUGAAGAAUAAAACUAUAUCCAUUGUUUGUUGUGAUACUAUAAUAGCAGGUGGAAAGACCUUGAAUGAUGAGUUCUGGGGAAGAAACUACAAACACGGAAGCAAGUUCCUGACUUUCUUUCCCGACGGCACAAUGCAAAUAUUCUACCCAUCGGGAAACCUCGCCAUCAUUCGAGUGCCCAGCAAGAACAAUGGUUAUACCUGUAUCAUCCAAGAAGAUGCAUUCACUGACCCCGCCAUCCUGGCUGUGCUGAAUUCUUGUGGAAGAAUUACCUGCUAUCACCCCAAUGGAAAUGUCUGGGUGUGCAUCAACCUCCUGGGAGGCCAGUACUCGGACCCCGCCGGCAACAGGGUGCGGAUGUGGAGCUGGGCCACGCCGCUGACCCCCGUGCCCUUUGCAUCCUUCAAGCCCGUCUUCCUGGCCCUGAACCACAACGUGGGCGUCCGCAUCCUCGAGCAGGACAACAUCACCAUCACCUUCCUGGCCAUGGGCCAGCAGGCACGGAUCAGCGUGGGGACCAGAGUGCAGCUCCUGAAGCCCAAGGCGCUUCCGCCCCUCCACAGCCUGAGUGAAGACGACCUCCUCCUGCUGGCCGUUUCCAUCAAGGCCAGACGCCUGUUCCACAAGCUGGAGGGAUGCAGUAACUUCCCCUGCAGCCCCAUCUGGGAGAAGCAAAAGCCGCCCCCCUACCUCUCCACCCUUUCCCUCCGGCUCAUCGCCCUCUGCCACAACCUGGAUAUCGCUGAGGAGACCGUAAAAACAAUCGCGACUAUAAUAAAUGAAGACAUUUAA